GGCAUGGUGGAAGGAAAACGCGCCAACAUGCUCCAGUUUGUCCCAACGGCCAAUUGAUAUUGGCUGAACUACAGGUCCGUUCUUCCGGGCGACGUCGCGGUCUCUCACAUAAUGCAGCGUGCGUGAAAAACGGAACGCACCUUAAGCGCAACAAGUGCCAAGCAGCACGAAUUCUGGUGUACCGAGUCAGAAAUAGCUCGCUUGUAUUUUGAAUAAAAUGACGACUUCAGUGACAACGCCGUCAAACGCAAAGAGGAUCGCGCAGAUCAGAAAUAUACGGCAAGGUAGCGUGAUAGACAUAGACGCCGAAAUGUUCCUCAAGAUAUCCAAUUACGAGGACACGGUGAAACAACUGGACAUAUAUUAUGGGAUCGUAAAGAGGCAAUUGCUGCGCUACCAGAGCUGCAUAACCGGCCUGUUCCCGCAGGUCUCGAGCGAUCGGAAGGUCGGCAGCGUGCGCGAAAGUAUAUACUGCGCCGCAGCCGUGUGGAGUCUGUACCAGGCGUACAGGCGCAUAGACGACGAUCGUGGAAAGUCGUACGAGCUGGGGCAGUCCGCGAUAAAGUGCAUGCGGGGCAUCCUGGAGUGUUGGAUAAAACAGUCCUCCAGAAUAGAGCUCUUCAAGAAGAACCAAUGCGACCGCUAUGCGUUGCACUGCAAGUUCCAUUUGGACACGGGCGAUGAGAUUUACAAGGACACUGCGUAUCAUCAUUUGCAGAUCGACGUCGUAUCUCUUUACCUGAUAUUCUUGGUGCAAAUGAUCUCCUCCGGUCUACAAAUUAUAUAUAUACAAGACGAAGUGGCGUUUGUGCAAAACCUGGUGUACUAUGUCGAGAGGGCAUACCGCACGCCGGAUUACGGUAUGUGGGAACGCGGGAAUCGAUACAACGACGGAACGCCCGAGAUUCACGCCAGCUCCAUUGGGAUUGCGAAAAGCGCCCUGGAGGCGAUUAACGGCUGCAACUUGUUCGGCGAGAAAGGCGCAUCUUGGUCUGUGAUAUACGUCGAUAUUGACGCUCACAAUCGCAACCGUAGUAUAUUUGAGACGAUGCUUCCGAGAGAAUCCUGCUCGAAAAGCGUGGACGCGGCCCUGCUGCCAACGAUCUCCUUCCCUGCCUUUGCGACGCACGAAGAAGUGCUGUACGACGAAACGAAAGCGAGCAUAGUCCGCAGACUGAAAGGCAAUUAUGGUUUCAAACGAUUCGGAAGGGACGGUUAUAAAACGGUACUGGAGGACAAACAGCGACGAUAUUACAAAUCCGGGGAGAUCAAGGAUUUCGACAAUAUCGAGUGUGAAUGGCCAUUGUUUUAUAUCUUCAUGAUAAUAGAUGGUGUAUUCAAAAGUUUGACGGAGCAGGUGGAAGAGUAUCAAAAUUUAUUGAAAGCAAGAAUGUACAAGGAUUCGAAUGGAGAUCCGGUGAUUCCUAUGUGCUAUUACGUGCCUGUGGAAAAUUUGGAAGCCGAGAGGAAUGAGCCGUGCAGCGCUUAUCGGCUACCUAGCGACGAAGGGAGAGGCGCUAAGUCUGUGGAUCAAGAAGCUACGCCGAUAUAUCUCUGGAAUCAAGCUAUGUUUGUAAUUGCACAGCUACUUACCGCUGGCCUUCUGCACAUCAACGAAUUAGAUCCGAUUCGUCGAUACCUUCCAUCGUAUAAUCGUCCGAGGCGAGCAGGAAGAUAUUCCGCUUUCCAGGCAAAGCCCACUAUUGGCACUCACACCGACCUGGUAGUACAAAUAGUGCUGAUCGCAGAAUCUAUGCGAUUGCAAGCCAUGAUGGCGACGUAUGGUAUUCAGACGCAAACGCCGCACGAAGUUGAGCCUGUUCAGAUUCUGUCGUCUACCCAGCUAGUGAAGGUUUACCAAAAAUUAGGAGUGAACAAAAAGCUGGAUCUCCAGGGACGACCCGCACGGCCAAUAGGCUCUUUAGGUACAAGCAAGAUAUACAGAGUCUGUGGUAUGACAGUGCUUUGCUACCCUUUGAUCUUCGAAGUGUCUGAGUUUUAUUUAUAUAGGGAUAUGGCUCUACUGAUCGACGAUAUCAAAACGGAACUACAAUUCGUAGGCAAGUAUUGGCGCCUUUCUGGUCGACCCACCGUAUGUCUUUUGAUACGGGAGGAACACAUGCGAGAUCCGCAAUUUAAAAAGAUGUUAGACCUAUUUGCGAUGUUGAAGAAAGGCUACUGUGACAAGACGAAAGUACGCAUUGGCCGACUGCAAAAUCUGAUCUCGUCUUCUUGCAUCGAACAUUUGGACUUUGUAAAUACAAUGGAAACAAACUUGGACUUGACACAGUUUAAACAAUUGCAGCAUGAUUAUAUUGGCUAUCAGAGUCUCACGGACGUCCCGAAGGCCAUUGCUUAUUCCGAAAGCGUAAAGGAUUAUUCUUAUAUGUUAAAUGAAUCUCAUGGCAAUAUAUUAAACGAACUUCGCAAUAACAUCGGCUUGUAUGCCAAGUGCCAGUUGUACGGCAUUCUGAUAAAACGAGAAGGGAUUAGUUACGAAAUCAAUGGAGUGACAGUUCGUGAUCAUUUGAGAUCAUUAUAUCAACAAGCUGGAUCCUUAAGGUACUGGAUGGCUGUACGCUAUUGCAGUAGUCUGUUGAAUCAUACAGUAGACAGCAUUAGUCCUUUCAUCACGGGUGUACUAGUCAAAGGAAAACAGAUCGCGGUAGGAGUGAUUGGGCAGAAAGAAACGGUAUUCGACAAACCCAUGACGCCGGCGGAAAUACAAUCGGUGAUGUAUUCCACUAUACAGCCGCACAAUACAGUGCAGGCUGUGCUCCAACAAGAAAUUCUAUUGUAUUGCGGUCGACUUAUUGGUACUAAUCCAGAGAUGUUCAAAGGGAUAUUAAAAAUACGCAUCGGAUGGGUCUUGGAGGCGAUGAAACUUUACCUGCAAAUGUUUGUGAAAGAUGCCAAGCCGAUUGAAAAUUACAGCCCUUAUGAAGUCCGACAGUUUCUUAUUAAAGUGUUGACGGUAAAGGAGUGGGCUCAUGAGGAAAACCUGACGGUGCUCGGUCGCCGAAAAAUUGAAGGUUGCUUGUGUAGAGUGCCAGCACACUUCUAUAAUCAAGUGUGGGAAGUCUUGAUGCGUUGUCCUAGUGGUAUCGUAGUGAACGGGCAGGAACUUCCUCAGCAAACCACAUUGUCCAGCAUGACUCGUUCUGAGCUCACAUUUGCCCUCCUCGUAGAAUCUUUAUUGCAUCGCAUACAGCUACCAGAAUAUCGUCAAAUUAUAAUCGAACUUUUGAGUAUCAUGUCGACUAUUCUGCUUCGAAAUCCAGAAUUAAGUUUUCAGAAACAAUUAGAUCUCAAUCAGCUUGUGGAAGAUAGUUUUAUCAUGUACUGCAAGGAUCACAAUUUAUCUAAUAUCGAUGACAAAUCGUCGUUCUUCUCCGCACAUUAUUCGAUGACUACGGGAUAUCUUGCUAGGGCCAUAGUUAAUAAUGUUCUUACAGGCGGCUGCGUGACAACUAUUGUGGAUCCCAGUGAUGUCAUUGAAUCGCCUCGAGAAAUGUGUAAAAUUACAUAAUGAUAUGAGUCAAUUAUUGAAAUUAAAUUUGAGACUAUUAUUUAAUGUUAGCAUGGAAGUAUUGUAUAUAGAUGCAAUAUACAUUUCGUUAUGUAUUAUACGUUCAUAUAAAGCGAUGAUACAAUAA